GUCUAGUUGAAUCAGUACGACUUCUUCUCCUCCUUCCUUCUUUAAGUCUUUCCGUUGAUUGAUUCCGAUCUGAAAUCUCUCUCUCGAUUUCAAUUUUAAAUGAACGAUUUGUUUUCCAGCUCAUUCUCACGCUUCCGCGGAGAACCAUCCCCUCGCCGAGACAUUCCCGGAGGAGGCGACGGAGUUCAGAUGGCGAAUCCCGCGGGAUCAACCGGUGGUGUCAACCUCGACAAGUUUUUCGAAGAUGUUGAAUCUGUGAAAGAAGAGUUAAAGGAGCUAGAUCGGCUAAACGAAACACUCUCUUCCUGUCACGAGCAGAGCAAGACGCUUCACAAUGCUAAAGCCGUUAAAGAUCUCCGGUCUAAAAUGGACGGUGACGUUGGAGUCGCGUUGAAGAAGGCGAAGAUGAUUAAGGUUAAACUCGAGGCGCUAGAUCGUGCCAAUGCUGCUAAUCGGAGUCUCCCUGGCUGUGGACCUGGUUCUUCCUCCGAUCGAACCAGGACCUCUGUCCUCAAUGGUCUCAGGAAGAAAUUGAAGGAAUCUAUGGAUAGUUUCAACCGCUUGAGGGAGCUUAUCUCGUCCGAGUAUAGAGAAACUGUACAGAGGAGGUAUUUUACCGUCACCGGCGAGAAUCCGGACGAAGGAACCCUAGAUCGACUUAUUUCAACUGGAGAGAGUGAGAGAUUCUUGCAGAAAGCAAUACAAGAACAAGGAAGGGGAAGGGUGUUAGACACCAUUAACGAGAUCCAGGAAAGGCAUGAUGCGGUUAAAGACAUUGAGAAGAAUCUCAGGGAGCUUCACCAGGUGUUUCUAGACAUGGCGGUGCUGGUAGAGCACCAGGGAGCUCAGCUUGAUGACAUCGAGAGUCAUGUGGGUCGAGCUAACUCCUUUAUCAGAGGCGGAACUGACCAGCUACACACCGCUCGGGUUUACCAGAAGAACACGCGAAAAUGGACAUGUUACGCCAUUAUUAUUCUCAUCAUCAUCAUAGUUGUUGUGGUUCUUCUUGUUUUAAAACCAUGGAACAAUGGAGACGGUGGUGGUGGUGGUGGUGGGGCUGGGGCUGGUGGGGGUAACAGUGGAGGAAAUCAACCAAAUUCAGGGACACCACCAAGUCCUCCUCAGGCAAGGCGUCUAUUGCGUUGAAGUUGAGUUUCCUUAUUUGCAAAUAUAUUCGUUCUUCGAAAAACCUUUAAUCAAACCAGCUUUGUGUUUCUACUUUCUCUGCUGGUUUGUUGUUAAUCUCCCUUGUAUUUGAUUUUUCUGAAAGAAUUUAUAAUUUGGUAUAGAUGAGAAAAUUAGUAGGACAUUCUCUUUGUAUCUAUGUUUGCUAUAUGGGUUAUUUUUACUUUUAUGUGAUUUCAGGGUUUAUCACUUCUUUUUCUAUUUGGUUGGAAGUAUAUGAGCAUUUCUAGUUCAACCGAUAACACAAAAACUAAAUUAGUCUUGGCGUUUUCCAAGUUCGAAUAUGAUACUAAAUCUAGAAUUUGAUA